AUGGAUGCGACUAUCUACCAGAUCAUAUUCGGAGAGCUCGCGGACCUGAACUGUAGUUUGAUGGACGCCUUCCAGGACACUUUUUUGGAAAACGCUUCAUUGUCAUUGCUGAGCACUGAUGGUUUUUAUUGCAAUGCCACGACCGAUGAGAUUGGAACCUGCUGGCCACGGAGCAGCACCGGCAGGAUUGUGGAGAGACCCUGCCCUGAGUACAUCAACGGGAGGAAGUAUCCGAUGCAUUAUAAAGUAGCGCUCAUCAUCAACUACCUUGGCCACUGUAUCUCUGUGGGAGCUCUAGUCGUGGCCUUCAUUCUCUUCUUGUGCUUAAGGAGCAUUCGAUGUCUUCGAAACAUCAUCCACUGGAACUUGAUCACCACCUUCAUACUGAGGAAUGUUAUGUGGUUUUUGCUUCAGUUGAUAGACCACAAUAUUCAUGAGAGCAAUGAGCCGUGGUGUCGAUUAAUAACGACAAUAUACAACUACUUUGUGGUGACCAACUUUUUUUGGAUGUUUGUUGAAGGAUGUUACCUCCACACAGCCAUCGUAAUGACUUAUUCCACUGAUAAGCUCAGGAAGUGGGUCUUCCUCUUCAUCGGCUGGUGUAUUCCCUUUCCUAUAAUCGUAGCCUGGGCUAUUGGAAAGUUGUACUAUGAAAACGAACAAUGUUGGUUUGGUAAAGAACCGGGAAAAUAUAUGGAUUAUAUUUAUCAGGGACCAGUUAUUCUUGUGCUUCUGAUAAAUUUUGUUUUCCUCUUCAACAUAGUGAGAAUUCUUAUGACCAAACUACGAGCUUCGACUACAUCUGAGACGAUACAAUACAGAAAAGCGGUGAAAGCAACACUGGUCCUGCUUCCUCUGCUGGGCAUCACCUACAUGCUCUUCUUUGUGAAUCCGGGGGAGGACGACAUCUCACAGAUCGUUUUCAUCUAUUUCAACUCCUUUCUACAGUCGUUUCAGGGGUUCUUCGUGUCUGUGUUUUACUGCUUUCUAAAUGGAGAGGUACGUUCAGCAGUAAGGAAGCGGUGGCACCGUUGGCAGGACAACCACGCUCUCCGAGUGCGAGUGGCACGAGCCAUGUCCAUCCCCACGUCUCCGACCAGGAUCAGCUUUCACAGCAUCAAACAGACCACAGCUGUGUGACCAGGGGCAACAAGAACAUCCUGUAAUCUCCUCGCAGCCUCCGAGGGAACUUACUCACUCUUCAACACAACGCAGUGAUUUACAGAACAGGCUGAUUCCUCAGACGUGUGUCCAAUGUCUCUGAAGCUCCAGGAUAUUUUAUCUUUUGGUGUGUUGAGGAAUAGCAACAAAAAUCACACAUAAACUGCAAAUGAAACAAAAUGGACAUGUAAGUUUCUCUUCUCACUAGAUUUAGGUCUCAUCUGUAUCUUAUUGUCAUCUUACUGCCUGGUGGCCAUUAGAGGAGCAAGAGAAUCCUGCAGGAUUUGGAGAAGGAUACUUCACACACUGGCAGGCAUGUGGGUCCAUUGUUACGUUGAGGGACUGAGUUUGACUAAUAUGCAUUCACGUGUUGCCAGACAGCCAUUUGUAUUUAGUGCGACGAACAUCAAAAUGCAAAAAUGCUCUUCGAAUCAACUGCUCCAACAGCUGCUUCUGACAGCUGCGAACGUAGCUUUGGGGAACGAGGUGAAUCACCUGAAUUAAAUAUUUAAAAAAAACUAUAGAAAUUAAAAGGAGAAGGGUUUGAAAGAGCCACUGCUCUCUGCAGUGUGAUAAAGUGAGAUGUGAAAAAUUGGUAUUCAUCAUUACACAAUCUGAACAAGUGUACGCUUUGGUCAGUGAGACUAUUUUAUAUAAAGAAGCCAUUCUAAUGGAGCCUUUAUAAUGUUUCCUCAGAGGAGGCUUCUCCUUUAAUUCUGUUCUUUAAUACAGUGCUGAAUUUUGAAUCUCAUACCAUGUUGUUUUAAAAAAAUUUUGAAUGGAUAUUCACAAACCGAACCUCCUCUCGAAUGCUUUGUUCCGGAUGUUUGAUUCUGCUUUUAUCUUUCCCCUUUGAUGCAUUUUGCCCUUUUCUCCUCAGAGAAGGAGGGAAUGAACAUAAAGAGCGAUUUAAACGUUAUGUGUUCGAAUCUCCCCGAGGAUGAUGGUUGGUGGACAGCCCCAAAUUAAAGCUCUCCUCCGGAAGAAUAAAGAUGAGAUUUAUUUUAAAGCAAUUUAUGUAAUGUAUACUGUGUGUGUGUAAUGUGCCAUGCAUGGAUUUAUCAGGGAGGCACGGUGGAAGCAGAUUAAAAAAUCCUUUAGCCCUAUGAGAUCCUUGCAGCUUUCUCGUAAUCAGCAUCACAGCUGUAAGCCGCUGGCUGGAGCAGAGAGGAGCCUGAUAAAGUGAGCACCGAUUGCUUCCCCUGCACACUUACUCCGGUCAGAUCAACAUGUCAACUCUCACAUCUGCUGCAGCUGCUCAAACAGACUGUGAACGACCAUGUGUGCAGUGACACACAAAAAUACCUGUUUUCUGCAAGAAGAGAAUAUUAUAUCAGUGAUCAAAACACCUGACGUACGAGCUUCAGUGCAGAUGUUUCUGUGUGUUUCCCAACAUUCAUGUGACGGACUGUUUCCACCACUGAAACUGGUGCAAGUUCACUUUCACCAAAUCCCACAUGAGCGUGCAGCCAACUCUUGGCAAGAAUGUACAUACAAAUAUUUCUCUUUUUGUUUUUUUUUUAAAAUUAUGAUUUAUCCCAGUUUGUUUUCUAUUUAUUUACUUGUUUCUUAUUUAACUAUAUUUUUUUAAUUGUUUGAUACAGGAAUAAUAUCAACUGGAUCUACAGAACAAGACAAUGUGAAACAAAACUUUGGAAAUGUAUUUUAAGGUGUUGUACAGGACAUUUGUUUUAAAACAUACUCUUCAAAUUUGUAUUUUGUACAUUUUAUUUACAACACCAUGCUGCUCAAGACUCAUGGUAAAUGUUGUUCAUGUGAUUUUAAUGUGAAUAUUUUACUUUAUUUCAUGCAGCUGUAACCCUGCAAACCCCCCAUUGCCAUCAUAAACAUAAAAAAAAUAUAUAUAGUUGUGAACAUUUUUAUACAUAAUCAAAUUAAUAAGACAAUUUAUCAAAAACUCACCAAAGAGACAAACCACGUUUACCAACAUAAAGUUUUUAUCGUCUGCAUA